AUGCCCGCUGGCAUGUUCAGCAUCGACAGUAUCCUGGCCGGCAGAGCUGGCAGAGCUGGCCGAAGUGCUCGAGCAGGCUGUAAGGACUCUCUCCUGCUCAGUGGGGAUGAAGGGCCGCUUAUUUUCCCCGGUUUGACGGAUUCAUUGGCAGCCGCGGCUCCUGAUUACAGCGGAGUGUAUUCAGCCCGGAUACCGGCUUACAGCUCCUACUGCUACGGCGCGAGCGCGGCACCGAGCUGUUGCCCCGGAUCCUUACCGAGCCAGUGUCCGUGCAUGCCAACAGUGUACGACAGCCCUGGCUCGGUGCUGAUGUCCCCGGUUCCUCCUCCUCACAUGAUGUCCUACAUGUCCAUGUCCCAUUUGGCCCCUCUGACCCCCCUGAGCUCGGUGUCGCGUGCAGAGCUGCAGCUCCUCAAUCAGCUGCACUGCAGGAGGAAGCGGCGGCACCGCACCAUCUUCACCGACGAACAGCUCGAAGCGCUCGAGGGCCUUUUUCAGGAGACGAAAUACCCAGAUGUGGGCACGAGGGAGCAGCUGGCCCGAAAAGUGCACCUGCGCGAGGAGAAGGUGGAGGUUUGGUUCAAAAACAGACGAGCAAAAUGGAGAAGACAGAAAAGAUCUUCCUCGGAGGAAUCAGAGAGCGCACAGAAAUGGAACAAAUCCGCCAAAAGCGCCACGGCAGAGAAAACAGAGGAGAGCAAAAGCGACGCGGAAUCGGACAGCUGA